AUGCAAGGGUGGAGUUCGAGGAGUUGUGUGGAGAAGAAGCACUUCAUUUGUCAAACAAAAAUCAGAACUGUCACCCACAAGGACAAAAAGAAACUCCAACGUCAGUAUAAUGCUAACAAGUAUAAUAAAUUGAACGAGAUUCUGGCGCCUUCGCUUCCAGAAUACGAAAACGGUACUUUUUCAUUGAAAUCUAAUGUGCCAAUUCAAUACAGAUUUGAAAUAAACAAGAACCUGAAUGAUGAAGCCAUGUUUGCCUUCUCUCCUAAAGACACAACGGUGAAGGAGAGAAAAAGGAAAAGAAAACGAAAAUCGAGGAAAUCAACAUUGAAAAAACUUGCGAAUGGAACCCUGAUAGAAGUUCCCAAACUGAGGAGAAGAGGUUCUAGGAAGAAGAAACAAAACGAGUUGAUGGAUUCUGGCCAGCAUACUUUGAUGAAGAAUAUAAGAUGGAGGACUUACAAGAAAAAGGAAGAGUCUAAUCCAUUGUAUCCAAGUCCGAUAGUGGAGGAAUACAAUUAUGUGAAAGAAUAUUGAAUGCAUUCACUGCGAAGAUGAUACUUUCAACUAAAUAUUGUAUAUUCUCAAUUUCAGGAAUCAACAUGAAUAUUUUGAAUGAGACAAUUUGUUAUCCAAUAUUUGUAAUCAGUUAUAUAUUCAAUAUGGUGCUAUCUCAAAUCAACCACCCAAGAGAAAAUUCUCAAAUACAAUCGAACUUUAUUUUCA